CACACACACACACACAGAGACAGACACAGACAGACUAUGGCGCUGCCGCGGCCUUUGCUGCUCGAGCUGCUGCUGUACGGCAGCUGUUUCAUCUGCGGGAUCAUCACAGCCGCUUCAGUCACUAUCUCACAGGGCAGUUUUGAUGGGAGGUGUAUGCUGUAUGGUUCAGUACGUCUGAACUCCUCAUCCAUCAGUGUGCUUUCAUCCAGCUCUCUCUCCCUCUGCUACUUUGUGUCUGCCAUCUCCGUGUGUGUGGCCGUUGUCUGCUUCUCACUCACUCUCUACUGGAUCUACAUCGCAUUUGUUGAUGGAGAAAUAAAAAGAGAGAAACUGUGGAUGAAUGUGACCCUUGGCUUGUCUGGAGUUUUCCUCUUCUUCCUCCUGGUGACGGGAUGCAUCCUGAAGAUCGGCAGAGACAGACUGUGUGACUCACUGCUUCAUACAGUCAGCAAUAUAACCAGAUGUGAGGAAGCACAAAAUAAGUCUUGGACGAGUCGUAUAAACGCGAGCCAGUUCUACACCAGACUACACAGUGCAGAGACAGCGGUAUGGGUGAAUUUCUUUUUUUGGAUGAUCAUAGUAGUUCUGGUCCUGAUCCAGCGUCAUAAAGGAUCCGAAAUCCGUCCGGGAGCAGAAGACCCAUCAGCGCCCCCUUCUGAAACUGAGCCCUUCUUCAACCGCCCGGGACGUCCUUAGUGAACACAGAUACAUUUAGAGGCAUGUCAGCACACACUAAAGCAGUCUAUGAGCUGCUUGAACACACACACAGACACACACGCAUUCACAAUCACACUGCUGGCUAGCAGUUGUCUAACUGAGCCGAGAGGAUUUUGGCAGCGCCAGUAUACGCUCUUGAUUUUGUUCACUAGCAUUGCCAAGGGUUAGUUGCCAUGGUUACUGAUCUGUGGCUGGCAGUGCAGACCUGGCAGGUGACGGUGUGAGGUUGCCAGAUUGGUAGAGUGACCUGAACUGAUUGAGACACAGUUUUAUGUAAAGAGAUCAAAUCUGACAACAUUUUCAGAGUUUUCACAAACAAUUCCACUAACAAAAACCCCUAAACUCAUAUUUUUAAGAAAAACUUAAUGUUUCUACUUUUGAUAAACAUUUCAGAAAUACAAAUAUAUCAAUAUCAAGCUUUUGUUUAAUGAAAAGCAUUACAUUGGACCUAUCUGACCUAGAGUCAGACCCCCAGUUAACUUGCUGUACUGAACUUUUAGCCGGUCUGCAUGUAAAUAAAGCAUGCUCUAUAAUGACAAUCUACAACAUUUUCGCCCUCUGCUGUCUGUUUAUAUGAAUUACUCUACAAAUCCCAUUGGACGGCGCUCGUGUGCCUUUUCUUUGGGCCAGGAAUCUCCCAUAAGUGCCUUUCCCACCCUAAUUUCACAUUUCUCCUACUCAUAGUCCUUGGCGUCCUUAACAUGGGCAAAACUGCUUGAGAGUGUCUUUCCCAAAGUGUUUGGCUAUUAAUCUUGUGCCCAGUAGAGAUGUCAUUUUUUUUAAUGGCUUUUUCCUGCACAUAGCCACGGGAGGCAGGAGUGUGUGUGUGUGUUUGGGAUGACAGGGACAUAAAUCCAUAAUUUGGCCUGUGAUGGUAUCCGCUUUCCACAGGCGAAGUGCCAGAUCUGAGGUGCUGUCCACCGCAUAAAGUCCUCCAAUACACAGUGUCCUUCUGCAGAUCUCCACUGCACUCUGGCCAUGUUCACAUCGGCCACUGAAUGCUUUUUUUGUGCAACCUUUGUUGUACAUUUUCGAUGAACUUGCUACAUUGUUUUAGAACUGUUGGUUAACAUGCACUGAUGUUUUUUUUAUGAAUACUAAAUCUGUUGUAUACCACAUAAUGCUUAAGAUUAUGUGAGCAUUUCAAAGCAAUAAAUAAGUCAGCUUUGA